AUGUCAGACACCUCCCAAAAUCAAAACGAAAGCAAGAUUCAGGAGCUGAACUUAAACCUGUUGAAGGCCUAUAAGGCUGAAGAAGCCUUCUGGAAACAAAAGAGCCGUCAGCUCUGGCUCUCACUGGGGGACUCCAACACUGGGUACUUUCAUGCAGUUACCAAGAUGCGUCGAGCAAAGAAGAAGCUGGCUAUAAUUGAAGAUGCUAAUGGCGUACCAUGGCAUGAAGAAGAGCAGAUCGCCAAAGUGGUCUCACAAUAUUAUGAUGAACUCUUCACGGCUUGUACAUUUGACGGGAGAGCCACAGUCUCAAAAGCUCUAAGACCCUGCGUUUCAGAACAAAUGAACGCGAACCUGAUUAGUGAUCCAACUUAUGAGGAAGUAAAGAGAGCGUUAUUUGCAAUUUAUGCUGAUAAGGCACCUGGACCCGACGGAUUCUCAGCGAGUUUCUUCCAGUCCAACUGGGAGAUUGUGGGACCAGCAAUAGUGUCAGAGAUACAAAGCUUCUUCACAACGGGCAUCCUCCCUGCUACCAUAAAUGUCACACAUGUCAGGCUCAUUCCAAAGGUAACAGGACCGAAAAAAGUCACAGAGUACCGACCUAUAGCUCUGUGUAAUUUCUUCUACAAAAUCAUCUCAAAGAUCUUAUCCUUACGCUUGAAGCCUGUCUUGGGUUCUAUCAUCUCCGAAAACCAGUCUGCCUUCAUUCCUGGAAGAGCUAUCACUGACAACGUCCUCAUUACCCAUGAAGUGCUCCACUACCUGAAAUCAUCAACAGCAGAAAAGAAGUGCCCAAUGGCGGUUAAAACCGACAUGAGCAAGGCGUAUGACAGAGUCGAAUGGGAUUUUAUACAACAAGUUCUACAGAGGCUAGGCUUUCAUGAGAAACUGAUACACCUAGUAAUGCAAUGUGUCACUACAGUGUCAUAUUCAUUCCUAAUAAACGAAGCAGUCUACGGCUCGGUAACCCCACAAAGAGGAAUUAGGCAGGGUGAUCCCAUCUCCCCAUAUCUAUUUAUCCUGUGCGGAGAGGUUCUUACCGGUUUGUGCAAGGAAGCUGAGAGAACGGGUUCUUUCCAAGACAUCAGAGUGGCUAGAGGAGCCCCACGACUGAACCAUCUGCUUUUUGCAGAUGAUACGAUGUUCUUCUGCUACUCUACACCCGAGGCAUGUCAAGCUCUGAAAGAUAUACUUCUGGAAUAUGAAAGAGCAUCAGGUCAGCAGAUCAACAAAACCAAAUCCUCGAUAACUUUCUCCUCUAAGACCCCCACCGAAAUGAAGGGGCGCGCAAAGGCUAUCUUAGCUAUAACCAAAGAGGGGGGUACAGGGAAGUAUCUUGGGUUACCGGAGCACUUCAGAAGGAGGAAAAAGGAUCUCUUCACCUCGGUGGUGGAUAGAAUCCGUCAGAGAGCCCAGAGCUGGUCAUCACGCCACCUAUCGAAAGCAGGGAAAAUGGUCAUGGUUAAAUCAGUUCUCACAGCAAUGCCAUCUCACUCUAUGUCGUGUUUUCAAAUUCCAGUCAGCUUAUGCAAAUGCAUACAAUCAGAGCUAACAAGGUUUUGGUGGGGAGGAAUUGAUGAGAAGAAAAAACUAUGUUGGGUGUCAUGGACAAACCUUUCAAAACCAAAAGCGGCAGGUGGCUUGGGAUUUAGAGAUAUCCAAGCCUUUAACCAGGCUCUCCUAGCUAAGAUUGCAUGGAGGAUACUCACUGCUCCCUCUUGUCUCUUGGCAAGAAUACUCACAGGGAAAUACUGCCAUAAGAAACCAUUUCUCCAAGUCGAACUCCCAACAUCAUGCUCACAUGGAUGGAGAAGUAUCUUCCACGGCAGAGACCUCCUCACACAGAACCUGGGGAAAGCCAUAGGGAAUGGACUAACAACACGUGUCUGGCAAGACUCUUGGAUAUCACUCUCAGCAGACGUCAAACCCUAUGGACCAAUAACAGAGGAUGCAAGAGAUCUACGGGUAUCAGACCUUCUCACAUAUGACCUAAAGUGGAACGUUAAGAGAAUCAAGGAACUCUUACCUGAAUUGGCAGCUACAAUUCAACGCUUGCAGCCGAGUCAAAUGGGAGUGGAGGACGCCUUCAUCUGGCAACCAUUAACAUCCGGUAUUUACUCAACCAAAUUUGGAUACCACUCAGCCAUGACUUCAAGAAAUCACCCAAGCUCCCACGCACGAACAGUCACCAUCAUUGAUUGGUAUAAAGACGUCUGGUCAACCAAAUGCUCACCAAAGCUGAAGGUUUUCCUAUGGUCCAUCGUACAACGAGCCCUGCCAACAGGAGUAAAUCUUCAACGCAGAGGUAUCACAGCGGCUGUCACCUGUCCAAGAUGUGGAGGUCAAGAAUCAACAACACAUAUCUUCUUCUCAUCUCACCUAGCUACAGUCCAAAGCUUCGAAUCGGCUAUCCUAGAGUUUCGACAGAAACCUUGCCUUCCACCCUCAGGUAUCACUAUAAACAUCCUCCCUUGGGCAUGUUGGCAGAUAUGGUUAUCGCGAAAUCUUCUCAUCUUCGAAGGAAAGACCCUUACAACCGAUGAAGUAGCCUCCCGAACAAUAACAGCAAUCAAGGAAUGGAUGGCUGCACAAACAACAAAAGAACCAAAUCAACCAUCAAAAACACCACCAACGGAUCUACUUCUCUCUGAAUCUAUGCAACAGAACCUUACCUGCUGUUUCACGGACGCCGCCUGGAACAAAGAAACCCAAAAAGCAGGACUGGGUUGGAUCUUCAAGGAGCAGAGAGUCAUAAUCUGCAAGGGCUCUGAGGCCAUAAACUCCAUUAGCUCCCCCAUCUUAGCAGAGGCGCUUGCUUGUCGAUCUAGCCUACGCCAUGCAAUCUCUAUCGGUAUCGAGGACCUCAACGUCUUCUCGGAUAAUCAAACGCUCAUCAGAGCUCUAAAUAGCAAGCUUGCACACAAAGAGAUCUUCGGUAUUGUCUCCGAUAUCAAAGUUCUCGCAGCUUCGUUUCACGCGAUCUCCUUCUUCCAUAUCUCUCGCUCAAGGAACUUAGAGGCAGAUAGUCUUUGCAAGUCAGUCUUGCUCGACCCAUCAUCUGCCAUGGGCUUCUCCUUGGGCCGUUUAAGUUUAAGUUUAAAUGCAAUUUCACCCAACGAAAUGGGCUUUGUAAUGGGCUUUGUAAUGGGCUGA